AUGUCUGAUACCGAGCAAGAUAAGUAUAUGAAACAAUUGGAGGAACAGAGAAAAGCUUUUGAAGCUCAGUUUGGCUCUUUGGAAUCCUUAGGUUUUGAAGAUAAGACAAAACAUAUACAACAUGCUAGACCUGAUUCUAAUUCUAGCUCAGAUGAAAAAUCUAAUAGUGAAAGUGACAUUAGUAAUAGUGAGUUGGAAAAUAAUGAAUCAGAAGACAGUGCAUAUGAUACUAAUACAGAGGAUAAUAAUGAGGAUGUUGAGGAGGACAAUAAACUUAAUUGUAUUAUUCCGAUUAAAGCUGCUGAUAACAAUCAAGAAAAAAACAUUAAAAAGCCUAAAAUCAUCAAAUUUAGUGGCCCGAGUGAUACGUAUAUUGCACCAAGUAAACAGGAACAAAAAUUACUUAGAAGUGGUAGGACCUUAGCUGAAAAUGCAAGAAAAAUUGCUAAAUUGCAACAAUUAAGGACCAGUAAGCAUAAUACAUUAGAUGAUGAAGAUAAUGAAGAGGAGGCAAAUAUAGAAGCAGAGAAUUUACAUAAUGAUGUGGCUCUACAACAAUUUUUAAAAGAAUCACAUCUGUUAAGUGCAUUCAGUGAGAAUGAUAAAACCAAUUCAGAUUUCAGUGGUGUCUCAUUAACGUUAGAGACAAUUGGUAAUGAAAAUGAUCAUAUUCAAAAUAAUAGCAAUCAGUUAUUGUUUCAAGAUAGUGAAAUCAUUGGGAAAGCACGUAUGAAAACGUUAGAACAAAGACUACAUAAUCUUUCAAAAAUUAAUGGCCAUAGUAAGAAAAUCAACAAAUUGGAAAAAGUUCCAAUGGCAAUACGGAAGGGUAUGAUUAAUAAACAUUUGGAAAGAAUCGCCAAAUAUGAACAAGAAGCUAAAGAGGGUGGUAUUGUUCUUUCAAAAGUUAAAAAAGGACAGUUCAGAAAGAUUGAAGCUACAUAUAAGAAAGAUAUUGAAAGACGUAUUGGUACUAGUAUUAGGAGCAAAGAUAUGGAAAGAACAUCAAAAAGAGAACGUGGUCUCAAAAUUAAUACUAUUGGUCGUUCAACAAAAAACGGUCUUGUAGUGUCUAAAGCAGACAUUGCUCGUGUUAAUGGAACUAACGAUAUUAAUAGAAAGUCCAAAAAAUCUAAAAGUUUUAAAAGACACGGCGCAAAACGUUAA